AUGCUAGGACAUACAUAGUCUUCAUGCAUAAAAAUCUCAAAAUAACAUUAGGAGCGCAAAUACAGGAACAGGGGCACAAGAUUCACUAGUGUACUAGGUUGUCAUAAUAAAGUAAUGAUAGGAUAGCAAGUAGAUUAUUCACAAGCAUUUAAUACAAGCUAUAGGAUUUGUAGUACACUCCCCAAACUUAGCGGCUAAGCUGGCAACAUAACAUUUAUUUGGUCAUUGUUGUAAUUGAAUAUACAGACAAUUGGGGGAAAAUCUACGCAUACGAUCUAAAAACUAAUUAAGAAUGAAUCUUGUAUAAGUGCAGUAGGAUUAACUAAUAGUAAGUUGUUUGAAAAUGAUUUUGCCGUAUAGGACUCUCAGCUGCUGAUCCUUAAGCAUCAUAGAAUUAGGUAUAAUGCUUCUAAAUAGCGAUAUCAGCUAAAUGUCAAACAGACAUACAAUACAAGUUAUACUCACUGUUUCCGCAAGAUACACUAGCAAGUAAUUUAAGAAAACAUGAGAGAUCUUGAGAUUUAUAGUGAAUCUUAGGACAUUAAAGAGACUAAGCUAUAAAUUUUACAGUUUCCAUUGUUAUAUGAUAUCUCAUACUUAACAACUGUAAUUAGAAAGCAAAUGUCAAGAGGUACAAGGUAAAAAAACUUGUUCAAUUUAAGAGCAUUGGCAUAUUUAUAAAAUAAAUUAUGUAUGUGUAUUAUAUGAAAAAGUUAAGCAAUCAUUUGCGAUGAUCUAAGUGUGGUUUCUAAAAGGGCAACCAUAAAUAUGUGUAAAUUCAAAAUUAUGAAAGCUAAGGUAUCAGCAGAACAUAAACAGCAACGUAGAUACUUUGAGGCGGUUAAUUUUUCAUGGAAAUACAGAUUCCUAGUGCGAUAAAAUGGAAAACUUUAGUAAUAAUAACAAUUUAUUGUUUUAAUUAUUAAUUCUUACUAAAUGAUGUUGCUUGUAGGGUAUCAUAAUUACCAAGGCAUGUGA